AGGGUUGGAUUCUUCCCAAAUAUGGAUUAUCUUUAAGGCUCUCCCUCCCACUCCCUUUUGGGAGGGGUAGGAAGCUCGAUUCCCAGAGACAGAGAGGAUCUGUUUUCUGGGAAGCAGCUGUCUUUGCGGGAGGACCAAGUUUGCUAGGAAUUAGAUAUUUCUCUAGAUCCUAUGUUCAUCCCUAUAUACGGAUUCCUAUAACUUUGAUCCCGCCUCCCUAUAGUUAUGACAGGUGAGAAGUGGGGAGAAUAGACACCCUCCCAUUCCCUUUGUUCCAUCAAGGACCCCACUUCAGGAAGAGAACCACUCAUUUAAAAAGCCAGGGAAAUGUACGCAAAUGACACUUGAAUUUUCCCAUAUCCCCCCCUUUUUAAAAAAAAUGAAGAUCGAGUUCACCCGAGUUGGAAUCACUGGGUUGCUGUGAGUUUUCCGGGUUGUAUGGUCAUGUUCCAGAAGCAUUUUCUUCUGAUGUUUCUCCCACCCUGAACAUUCACAAAUAUAUAAUCCCAAUUUGCCUGGUUUCCAACAUAUUUCACUACCUCUGAGGCUGCCUGCCAUAGAUGCAGGCGAAACGUCAGGAGGGAAAGCUUCUGUAACAUGGCCGUACAUCCCGGAAAACUCACAGCAACCCGAUUUAUGUUUGCUUCAAAAAAAAUCAACCGGGUGUGGGGCUGGGAGGAAGUAGAAAGGUGGAAGGGCUGGAGCUGCUUGGAAAACUCUUCCACCCCUCUCAUCUGUAAAUAUGAGCCUGUUGCGGUUAGACUCAUUCGUCUCCUUAAAGAGCCUGUAAACUUUAUAUGACACAAUAUCUAAUAGUAAUUUAUUAGGAGAUAUUGUAAAUUCCAACCGGUUUUAAGUUAAUAAAGGGAGCCAAUUAAUGAGGGAAAUAGCUUAAUUUUGCCAGCUGUUGAAGGCACCCUGGACGCAGCUGGGUAUGCUUUAUUUUUUGUAAAAAAAAAAAUCAGAAUAUAUAGAAAUGUCGGUUUAGAGAUAGAUGCACCCCUAUGUGUUUUACAAUACCGUGGCUUUCUCAGGCCAGUGCUUAAAGCCCGUUUGUUUUAUUUUAUAAUAUGUUUUAUGAUUUUUAAAAGCAGCAUAUAAAAGAAGAAGAAGGGGAGAAAGAGAACAAACACGAAAGGCAUUAUUUUAUUUAUUAAUUUAUUUACUGGACUUAUACCCCUCACUCAGGGCGGCUUGCAAACUAUGGCAAUAAUUCAAUGCCAGAUUCAGACGAUAGCAAUAUCAGUAAAACACACUAUUAUAAAACUGUAAAAACAUAUAUAUAUCAAUUAAAAUAGUCUUUCGAAUAUCAAAAGUCUAGCAACAAGGGAGGUUUGUAAACAUUGAACCAAUUGCUUCUCCCGUUCUGUUUUGUUUGGUCUCAAAUUGCUAAAGGUGGGUGGCACCCUUUUCCUCCCCCCCUCCCCUUCUUUUCCAACGCGAGUUGGCGCUCACGUGACCCCCUUGCGGACCAAUGGGGCGGACCUUUAGGUUUAACUAUGUUUAAUGUCAGAUAGCAAUAAACUAGAAGCUCUCGGUCAGGCCCGCGGAAAUGGGCGAGCAUAAUCUCCUGAAUCCGGGGUUUGUGGGGCCGCUGGUGAACAUCCACACGGGAGACACCUUCUACUUCCCCAACUUCCGGGCUUCCGGGGGCCAGCUCCCCGGCUUGCCGUCGCUCUCCUACCCGCGGAGGGACAAUGUCUGCUCGCUGCCCUGGGCCGCUUCCGAGCCCUGCAACGGGUACCCGCAGCCCUACCUCGGCAGCCCCGUCUCCCUCAACCCGUCCUCCUUCGGCCGCGCCUGCGACCUGGCCCGCGUGGAGGAGAGCAAGUGCUACUACCGCGAGGCCUGCUCCGAGGGCGCGCCGCUCAAGCGCGAGGACCGGGCGGGGGGCGGGAGGGACGGAGGCGCCCUGAUGCCCCUCGAGCCCGGCGGCCUCCCCGGCAGCGGCGGCAUGGGCGCCGUCGCCGCCACCUUCUCCAAGUUCGACUACCCGGCCGUGGCCCCCGAGGCGCUGCCCCACGACCCCGCCUCCUGCCAGUCCUUGGAGUCCGACUCCAGCUCCUCUUUGCUCAACGAAGGCAACAAGGGAGGCGCCGGCAGCAACGAGCCUUCCGCGAUGAUCUCCCCUUUGCACCAAGGAGGAAGCCUCUCCGCCCCCGGUGCCCCCUGGUAUCCGAUGCACACAAGGUCUCGGAAAAAGCGAAAGCCCUAUUCUAAGCUGCAGCUCGCCGAGCUGGAAGGGGAGUUCAUGGUCAAUGAAUUCAUCACUCGCCAAAGACGGAGGGAGCUUUCAGAUCGGUUAAACCUGAGCGACCAGCAAGUGAAGAUCUGGUUCCAGAACCGGCGCAUGAAAAAGAAAAGACUCCUCCUGAGAGAACAAGCCCUUUCUUUCUUUUAAGCGCCAGACAAGUCCGUAUUGGGGGAGCCACAGAGACUCCGUAGCCUUCCUCCCAGCUGACAGUCCCGGGACUCUUACCUGUCUGGUUUCCAUUGUUAUCUUUUUUUUCUUUUUCAAGAAAGUCGGUAUCCUUUUCAAAAGCCCAACAGCGGGCCGUUGUGCGUGUGUAUGUGUAUGUAGGGAGUGAGAAUGAGAACGUGAGCCCCUCUAUCCCUGGACUUGUUGGGGAGAGCCUCAAAUGUGAAUAUGAACCCCCCCCCCCCCCGCAUUCACUCACCGCCUUGGGUCUCUAUGGUGAACAAGGCUUUGGCCGCCAGUGUGGCAGAGCUUCUGGAUGAAAGAUUGAGCCCCGUAUUUCCCACACCUCUUUGCACUCAGUUUUCACAGGUAGGGCUUCCAUUUGGAGCAACAGGACACCCUGGUCGGAUUUCCGACGCAGUCUCCUUGGCUUUAGCGUUGAGUAGGUUGCCCGAUCCACCAACAAAGCUCUCGCCUUGCAGUCUGUAAAUGGGUGUUUUGGGGUUAGCAUGUUGGGAUUUUUCAUUCCCUGGAGGAAACCUAAAAGUAGACGUGAUGCCAAUUGGAACCAUUCUUAGGGGGAAAUGACUGAGGCCGGUUUUUAUUGUUUGCCAGAGAGAACUUUCAAAACAGGUCUGACGAAGAGCGGAGUUCCACACUCCUAAAGCA